AUGCUUUGAAUUGUUUGGCACAUGUGUAAAGCUGUUCUGGUGUAUUUCCUUUGUUUCAUGGUUGUGGUGGGAGUAAAGUGGACUAGAGCGUCAGCUUUAAGUGGGCCGUCACUACUUCGAAGCUUCGACACACAGGACAUAUCACUACUCACAGAGAAAACGAGAAGUGUUCUUCGCGUGGAUUUCAUCCAAAUGGCAGAGAAGUGGCAGCCGCAGUGUGGCGUCGAGUUGGAGCCGAAUCAGUUUUACUGCUCGGUAUGUCUGGACCUGCUCAAAGAUCCCGUCACCAUCCAGUGUGGACACACUUACUGCAGAAGCUGUAUCGAGGGAUGCUGGGACCAGGAAAAGGAGAAGGGAACGUACAGCUGUCCUCAGUGUAGGGAGGCCUUCAGCCCAAGGCCUGUCCUCGGGAGGAACAACAUGCUGGCUGAGGUUGUAGAGAAGCUGAAGAGGACAGUAUCCCAACAGGCCCGUCCAGCUUCUCCUCUUGCUCCUGCAGGACCAACAGACAUUGCCUGUGAUUUCUGUUGUGGGACCAAAAGAAACAAAGCCAGCAUGUCUUGCCUGACCUGCUUGGCAUCGUACUGUCCUGCUCAUCUUGAGCCUCACCACAGUUUUCCUGUGCUGAAGCUUCACCAGCUGGUGUCUGCUACAGUGCCACUUAAGGAAAAAAUGUGCACAAAGCACAACAAGCUGAUGGAGGUUUACUGUAAGACUGAUCAAAGGUGUAUCUGCUAUUUGUGCACCAUGGACGAUCACAGGCGCCACUCAACAGUGUCAGCUGCAGCAGAAAGAGCUGAUAAACAGGUAAAACUUGGUGAGAUCCAGAGUGCAGUCAAGCGGAGAUUCCAGGAGAGACAAGAGGAGCUGAAUGAGCUGGUCCAAGCUGUGAAGGACUUCGAGAUUUGUUGUCAGACUGCUGUGAAGUCCAGUGACGAGCUCUUUGACGAGCUGAUCUCCUCCAUCCAAAACAAACGUGCUUUAAUAAAGGAGUUGAUUGAAACUCGGCAGAAAACUGCAAUAGCUGAGGCAGAAGAUCUGCAGAUGCAGCUGAAGGAGGAGAUAGCCACGCUGGGGAGAAGAGAUGAUGACCUGGAGCAGCUUUCUCACACAGUUGACCAUAUUCAUUUCAUUCAGAUCUUCCAGUCUCUCUCAAUCUCAUGUGAAUCGCCAGACCUGCCAACAGGCGCUGUUGUUCGUCCUAAACGUUCAAUGGAAGCGGUGACUGACUAUGUGUCUGACCUGGCAGAUGACAUGCAAAACCUUCUGGAGACCACAUGGCCUGAGAUCUCUGCCACAGUGUCUGUUACAGAUGUUGUGCUGCCACCUGUGCCAAAGACCAGGGGAGAGUUAUUGCGCUAUCACUGUCCUCUAACACUGGAUCCCAACUCGGUCAACAACUGCUUUGUCAUUUCACAAGAAUCUAAACGAGUGACGAGUGACUCCAAAGAGAAAUAUUAUUUAUCUCACUUGGACAGGUUUGGAGGUGUGAAGCAGGUGCUGUGCAGAGAGGGUUUAACAGGGCGGUGCUAUUGGGAGGUCAGUUGGAGUGGUGGCGCCUGGUCAUUGGCAGCGUCUUACAAAAACAUCAGCCGGAAAUUAUCUGAGUCAGAAUUUGGGAAGAAUGACAAGUCCUGGUGUUUGGAGUGCUCUGCAGAUGGUUAUACUUUCAGACAUAACUCAGUAGCCAAGGCGGUGUCAGGUCCUCGUACCUCUCAGAUUGGAGUGUACCUGGAUUACAGGUCAGGUACUCUGUCGUUUUACAGCAUCUCUGACACCAUGACUCUGCUUCACAAAGUGUGCACAGUAUUCACUCAGCCUCUCUAUCCUGGCCUUGGGCUGAAGGAAGGAAGCUCUGGCUGUUAUGCAGAAGUGAAGAAGUUGUGAUGCCAACUUUUUCACCUCUACCAUGUUGACUAAUGUCUUUCAAGACCUAAAAUAAGCAGUGAAGAAACCUGUGAGCACAUUGAACUUGUUUGACACUUAUUUGCUAAAUACUGAAUGACUCGCACUGUUUGGAUGUUGAAAGAAAUACCAGGUGCUCCACUGUGACAAAGGACAUUGGAAGAUUUUGUUGCUCUAAUUAAUCUAUGCUUAACAGUUGUUUGUUUUGUUUGCUUGUUAGUGUUAUUGAGUUUAAAUUGACUUUUUCACUUGCAUGUACUUCAUUGUUUUCUUUCCAUUUUACUUCUUUAAUUUCUGGGGGGGGGAUAAAGUUGACAACAUACUGCGCAUAGGGCUUAUUGUACUAAUGAUGAAUGGGUUCAGAUGAAGUCAGCUUUGCAGUCAGCUAUACCUACAUAGAUGCUGUAUUGCACUAUGACCAAAGUCUAGAAGAUGGGAAAGCAGGAUAAAGGUUAGUGUGGCUUUUGUGACACUUUUCCAAAGGUACUGCACUCAUUUCUCAAAGGUUUGCCAAAUUAAUGGUUCUGUAUUUUUAAUUUUUAACUGUUUUUAGACUGCUUUCAUAGGAUUCCUUUCCUGUUUAUCUGAGGUUGUGCUAAAAAUCAAUAAAUAAAUAAAAAUGAUUGCCAAUAUUUAAA